AGCGUUCAUUUAUUAAUAAAACGUUUUAAAGGCGGGAAAGUAGCUUCGAUGCUCGUUAAUUAUCUUAUAGAAAUUAUAAAGACGUAUAAGAAAGAAUGUCAAGUCCUAUAAGAUCACCGGCUAGAGAUAGCCCACGGAGAACUCCUAGAAGACAAACUCAGGGUUCACGAUCCCCUUCUGUUUUCGGUACCCCCCGUGCUGCAGUUAGGAAUGAAGCUGACAAUAAUGUAGAAACUCCAUUGCGAUGGGGCACCAAUGGUACAAGACAAAAUGUUUUAAACAAUGGAAAUCGAGCUGCUACAAUUGUUGCUUCUUCGGAACAUGAAAGUGCAGCUGGUUCCAAUGAUCAUUCAACGGAUCGUUCUGGACCAAUUAAUGAAUCAGAAAGUGGUUUACAAUUGUCUUCUCCAGUCAAUUAUGGUACUCCUAGUUCUUUGGGAUCAAUUCGUACCCCAAGAAGCGGAAUACGUGGUACUCCAAUUCGACACAGACCUGACAUUAAUACAGAUAGGCAUUUAAGACAGUUUACGCUACAGGAACCAAUUCCAGAAGUUCCAAAUGCUGUAAGAACAUCAGAAAGCGAAACAGCAGGGCCUCAUUUAGUUGUUUGGGGAACAAAUGUGGUUAUAAGUCAAUGCAAGGAACAAUUUAAAUUGUUUUUUCAACGAUUUAUUGACCCCGAUGCGGAAAAUGACGAAUUACCGGAAAAUAUGAACUUAUCAGAACCCUUAUAUCUUCAGAAAUUAGAAGAAAUACAUACUUUAGAAGAGCCGUAUUUAAAUGUUAAUUGUGCUCAUAUAAAAGCUUUUGACAGUCACCUUUAUCAACAAUUAAUUUCUUAUCCUCAAGAAGUUAUACCGACUUUAGAUAUGGCAGCGAAUGAAUUGUUCUUUGAAAAAUUUCCUGCUGCAGUUCUAGAACAUCAGAUUCAAUCUCGUCCGUUCAAUGUAGAUAAAGUUAAGACCAUGAGAGAAUUAGAUCCUACCGACGUGGAUCAAUUAAUUACAAUACCUGGCAUGGUGAUCAGAGUAUCAACAUUAAUUCCGCAAAUGCGGGAGGCUUAUUUUAAAUGCAGCGUUUGUGCCUUCACGACUCUUAUCGAAAUUGAAAAGGGAAAAACCAAAGAACCUACAAUAUGCGCACAUUGCACGCAUAAAUAUUCUUUUACUUUGAUACACAAUUUAAGUCACUUUUCUGAUAAACAAAUGAUAAAGUUACAAGAGGCACCUGAUGAGAUGCCACAAGGACAAACUCCAUAUACUACUGUUUUGUUUGCGCAUAAUAAUUUAGUAGAUGCAGUGAUGCCUGGAGAUAGAGUUUCUGUUACUGGAAUUUUUAGGGCAUCGACGCAUAAGCCUAACUUUGAGCAUAAUUUACACGCUAUCUAUAGAACACAUAUUGACGUAGUUCAUUUUAGAAAGCAGGACUCUAAACGACUAUAUAAUCAAGAAGAUGGCAAAGAACAUAAUUUUACACCAGAAAGAAUUGAAGUUCUGAAAUCGUUAUCACAAAAGAGCAAUAUUUAUGAACAGUUGGCGAAACAAAUCGCUCCUAGUAUAUACGCGAAUGACGAUGUAAAGAAGGGAAUUAUAUUGCAGUUAUUCGGUGGAACUAGAAAAUCGUCCAUUGUGUAUGGUAAACAUUUUCGACCCGAUAUUAAUAUAUUAUUAUGCGGUGAUCCUGGCACAAGCAAAUCACAAUUAUUACAAUACAUUUAUAACUUGGUACCCCGCUCUCAGUACACCAGUGGAAAAGGUUCUAGUGCGGUCGGUUUAACAGCAUAUAUAACAAAAGAUCCAGAAACUAGACAAUUAAUAUUACAAACAGGAGCAUUAGGACUUGCUGAUAAUGGAAUAUGUUGUAUCGAUGAAUUCGAUAAAAUGAAUGAAAAUGCAAGAUCAGUAUUACACGAAGUAAUGGAACAACAAACUUUAAGUAUUGCUAAAGCUGGAAUUAUUUGUCAGUUAAAUGCUAGAACCAGUAUACUUGCUGCUGCUAAUCCUUGUGAAUCUCAAUGGAAUAAAAAUAAAACAGUUGUUGAAAAUGUAAAAUUACCGCAUACUCUACUUUCUCGAUUCGAUCUAAUUUUUUUGAUAUUGGAUCCUCAAUGCGAUACAUAUGAUAGCAAACUUGCAACUCACAUGGUGUCUUUAUAUUAUACAACUUUGGAUGAAAACGAGGACGAACAAAUAGAUAAAAGCGUUGUUCGUGAUUAUUUAGCAUUUGCGAAAGAACACGUUCAUCCUAUUCUCAAUGAAGAAAGCCAACAGAGAUUGAUACAAGCAUACGUUGAUAUGAGAAGAGUUGGAAGAGGACGCGGACAAAUAACAGCGUAUCCUAGACAAUUAGAAUCUUUGAUACGAUUAUCCGAGGCGCAUGCCAAAGUACGAUUAAGCUCUAUUGUAGAGCCACAGGAUGUUGAAGAAGCUUGGAGAUUACACAGAGAAGCUUUGAAACAAUCUGCCAUCGAUCCGUUAAGCGGUAAAAUAGAUAUAAGUAUUUUAACAACAGGUGUAUCUUCGGUAGCCAGAAAAAGGAAGAAGGAGUUGUGCGAUGUGAUUCAAAAGCUUAUUGAAAAGAAGGAUAAAAUUCAUAUACUUAAUCAACAAAAACUUUUGGCUGAAAUAAGACAAUCUUCUGAAAUGCUUAUUAACAGAGACAUGUUUGAAGAUGCUUUAAGAGAACUACAAGACAAUGGAUUAAUAACAAUAAUCGGAAAAAACAGUAUUCGUAUUUCUUAAUUUAUCACGUAUUUUUUACUAUUUUUAUAAUGAAUUUAACUAUAAUAAGAAAAAAAAUUAG